ACCCUUAAGUUUCGCAUUUUUGUCCCCAUUACACUGCACACUUCCUACUUGGCGAUUCAAUCAACCCAAAACCCAGCGUCCACGGCGAUUUCUCCUCUCCUCUCCUCUGCUCUGCUCUCGCCGAUGCACCGCAUGGCUCACUUCCCGCUGUUGCCGGCUCUAGCGCUGGCGGUCACCUGCGCGUUGGUUCCGUUCACCGUCGCUGACCCGCAGGCUACGCAGCUCAACCUUGGGUGCAGCCAGUACAACGCCACGCCGACGGCUGCCUUCCUCGCCGCUCUAAACUCCACCUUCGCUGAGCUCCGCGCCAACCUCUCCGCCGGCAGCGGCUUCGCCACCGCAGCGGAGCCUCGCGCCGCCGCGCCGGCCUUCGCGUUGGCGCAGUGCCGCCCAUACGUCACCGGGAGGGACUGCGUCGCCUGCUUCGACGCCGCCGCGGCGCGCAUCCACGCCGCCUGCGGGGCCGCUAACGGCGGGCGCGCCAUCCUCGACGGCUGCGUCAUACGGUACGAGAGCGUAGCGUUCUUCGACCAGUCCACGCUCCCUGGCAACACGCAGCGCUGCAACGGCUCUGCGGUAGCCGGUGGCGCUUUCGACGGCGCGGUGCAAGCGCUGGUCAGAGACCUCACGGCCGCCGUGCCUCGCGUCCCACGGCUAGCUGCGGCGGCCGCGGGCGCCGGCGUGUACGCCAUGGCGCAGUGUGUGGAGACGGUCGCGCCGGACGGCUGCGCGCAGUGCCUCGAGGUAGCUGCGAGCAACAUUGACCGGUGCCCGCCCAAUUCCGACGGCCGCGCAGUGGACGCCGGGUGCUUCAUGAGGUACUCUGAUAAGCCGUUCUUUCCGGCUAAUGCGACGGCAGACCUGACGCCCUACUUGCGCUCUGGAAAAUCAAGAGGGAAGGGGGCCAUUGUAGGAGCAAUUUUGGGAGGUCUGGCCUUCUUGUUGCUUCUAGGGCUAUUAGCUUUGUUGUUGACCUGGCGGUCUAUGAAGUUAAAGAAGCCUCGAAGAGGUGAUAUACUUGGAGCAACGGAACUGCAAGGUCCAACAAGUUUUAACUAUCACGAUCUUAAGGCCGCAACCAAUAAUUUUAGCGAGAAAAGUAAAAUUGGAGAAGGAGGUUUUGGAGAUGUCUUUAAGGGUUUGCUGAAAAAUGGGAAAAUUGUUGCAGUAAAAAGGUUGGCAGUAAUGCAAACUAGCAGGGCCAAAGAAGAUUUUGAAAGUGAGGUAAAGCUGAUUAGCAAUGUUCAGCAUCGAAAUCUUGUCCGGCUUCUUGGUUGUUCUCGCAAGGGUUCCGAAUGCCUCCUUGUUUAUGAAUAUAUGGCUAAUAGUAGCCUUGACAAGUUCCUCUACGGUGAGAGACGUGGAACACUUAACUGGAAGCAGCGAUUCAAUAUCAUUGUUGGCAUGGCUCGUGGCCUUGCAUAUCUUCAUCAAGAGUUCCAUGUGUGUAUCAUACACCGCGACAUCAAAUCUAGCAAUGUGCUUCUUGAUGAUGACUUCCAACCUAAGAUUGCUGAUUUUGGUUUGGCAAGGCUCCUACCUGAUGAUCAUAGUCAUCUCAGCACUAGAUUUGCAGGAACAUUGGGUUACACUGCUCCCGAGUAUGCAAUCCACGGCCAGUUAUCGGAGAAGGUUGACACAUACAGCUUUGGUAUAGUCAUUUUGGAAAUAAUAAGUGGUCGGAAAAUCAAUGAUACAAGGGUUGAGGCUGAAACACAAUACCUACUUGAAUCGGCAUGGAAGCUAUAUGAAAAUGAGAACGUGAUUAAGUUGGUGGAUGGAUCGUUAGAUCAUGAAGAAUAUAUGCCAGAAGAGGUAAAAAGAAUAAUAGAGAUAGCACUUCUCUGCACUCAGUCAGUUGUUGCUUCAAGGCCAACGAUGUCAGAGGUAGUUGUGUUGUUGUUAUCAAGAAAUUCUCCAGAGAUAAUGCCCACAAGGCCCACUUUUAUCGAUUCAAUAAGUAGAGUGCGAGGUGAAACAUCCACGUCCAGUUCAUCCUCUGCAUCCAAGGCCACCGUCUCUAUUUCGCACUUAUCAGCCAGGUAAAAGGCUUUGUAUUGUGUAUGACCACAUCUUUUUUUGUGUGUGACUGAAUGUUUUGUAAAUACAAUCAUGUAUCUGUAUUUUAUAUAUCAACGAGUGGAUGCUUAUUUGCCAGGAUA